AUGGUGAGGAGGAUGGGAGGUUGGAGGUUGGGGGCUGGAGUGGUUCUGCGUGGUGGUGAGAAAUCGCUAACAUUAGGGAUGGGGUGGAGGUUUCUGGUGGUGGUUGGUUUCAGGAGGGAGUAUCUCUCUAAUGAGAAAGAUACAUGGAGAUGGGCGCUGGAUCAUUCUGCAGGUUAUACAGUCAGGAGUGCCUAUCAUUUGUUGACUUCUCAGGAUCGGCCUCAGGUGGAUGGUGCUGAUGCUUUGGUUUGGCACAUUCAUGUUCCGCUUAAGGUCUUUAUUUUUGCUUGGAGGUUGCUGAAGAACUGUUUGCCUUUAAGGCAAAAUCUAGUGCAUUAUGGUAUCCUUCCAGCCACUGUUGCGGGCUGUUUGUUAGGGUGCGACGCUUUGGAGUCUUCUCAGCAUUUAUUCAUCUAUUGUGAUUAUUAUGGUUCUUUGUGGUCUCGGGUUCGGUCUUGGCUUGGUGCCUCAGGUCCAGACCCCUUAUUGGUUUCAGAGCACUUCUUUCAGUUUACUCAUUCAGCAGGAAGGGUGCGGGCUCGACGCUCUCUUUUGCAGCUUGUUUGGUUACUUUGUGCGUGGAUCAUUUGGAAUGAUCGGAAUCAAAGGUUGUUUACUAAUAUAGGUAGUUCCAUUGAUCAGUUGUUGGAUAAAGUGAAGCGACGCUCUUUGUGUUGGCUAAAAGCUAGUAAUAUCGUUUUUGUUUUCGGUUAUGAUUUGUGGUGGUCAAGGCCUUUGGAUUGUUUGGGUCUGGCCUAA